CCUAAACAAAUAUGGCGUCUGAUCUUCAAGCGCUUUCUGGUUACAAAGUCGGCGAAAUUUCGCAAGCACUCUUUACGAAUCAGGAGAGCAAGACGUACUUGAAAAAAAAUGUUGAACUCAGUGCUCUGUUUAGUUCUACAAAUCCAUCUCAGCCGGCAUUUGUGGCCGUACCAUUAAAGGUAAGAUUGCGAAAUGAAGGUUACCUGAAACUUAACCGUACCGUGCAUGUGUUGGUUAAGCUUUACGCUUGUGCGCGUUUUUCUCAAUACACGGUGUUGUGGUUAUAAUACGUUAUCGAAGUUUAUAGGAGUAAGGAUUGAAUCGAAGAAAGAAGUGAAUUCACAAACGAUCAAAUUAAAACAUGUAGUCUUUGUUAGCAAACCCUAAACUGGAAGACAUAAGAUUGUUUUCGAAUCACAUUUACGGCAAACGGGAGACGUCAAAUUUAAGCGAAAAAUUUCUCGAAAUAGUGAAUGAACAGAUGAAAACAGCUCAAAACAAUUGUUACGGAUAAUAAAGCUGGCGUGAAACAACCAAUUUUUGUGUAAAAGUAAACCAACUACAUGUAUCAGUAUAAACCCCGUGUGGGUGGUCUGGGGAGGGGGGGGUCGGGGUUUGGGUUUUUGUGCGGACAAAGAGUGGGGACUUGAUCAAGGAGUGAAAAUUUUGGUCAAUUUCCCGAUGGUGGGGAAGGAUACAUUUGUCACAUGUAGCUAAAAAUCCCCACCCAGGGGCAAAAUACUAACUGACCGACAGAAAUUUAUUUCACAUACCUUUCGAGUCUGAUUCAACCUAAGGCAAUGUUUCAUGGUAAAACACUUUCUUUAGUCUUCAAAAAUGAGUGAACUUUAUUGAUAUAUUUGUUUCAUUCAUUUAUCAAAGGCUAUGUGCUUCUAAAAUGUCACCAAACUUGCUAGGAAACAGACUUUCUUAAGGCCCAUGUCCAGUUUCUGCUGGUUAGGUGGUCAGUUGUGAAACAAACAUUUCUUGGGCGCAGCACACUAUAUUUGACCGGCCAGUUUGCAGCCUGUGAAAACAGCUGUCUCUCCUUGCUCCUUGCUGCAACACAUGUGGGAGAGACAUCUGCAACUGCUAGCAGAAUCUUUCGUUUACUUGCUCAAUGUUUGAAUACUUGAGAAAUAGUCUGCAUGAAUCAUUAAGAUUUUUGCAUCUGUUGCUGGGAUAGUUUUCAACCCAGGCCUAAUAGCAGUGUGCUUGGUACAGUGGGUUCAAUUAUUACCAUCGGUUUAUCAGUAAAAUUAACGGAUACGCCUGCUUGGGAAGCAAGAAAGAACAAGAAGUUUGGGCUUUGGCAUUUUCAAAGGCUUGACAGGAUUCAGAUAGAUUGUCCUUGCACCCCCUCACUCAAGAAGACAAAACAGGCCCUGCUUGCCCGAUGAAUAAAGUUUACAUGGUUAAUCUUGUAGUCAUGGGGCUCCAGAUGUAAAUAUGUUCUAUUUUUUUCUGUCUUGGCCAAUUAUGGUAAAGUUUUGAGUUCUUUAUCUGUGGACAAGUGGCAGCAAGGGAGAGACAAGCUAAGAAUUCAUUUCAUUUGCAAUAAUUAUUUAUUUUUACUACUGUACUGGGAAUUCCCUGUUGUAUAACUUGUAGGUAUCAAGGAAGAAAGAAAAAGAGACUCUUAAGAGUCAUGAGAAUGAGAAUUCACAGGCAGGCACAAAGCAAAUAGGAGGUACAUGGCUGUAACAUUAUUAUAAUAGUGCUGUGGUUGUUUCUUUUUUACUGAUACAGUCUUCUGUUGUCUGAAUAGAUUGUUUAAUACCUGAGCAACCUUUAGUGAUUUAAAAGAAUGUAUGAAAACAAAUGAAUUCGCACUACUUCAAACUUUAUCACACUUAUUCCAACUCAUUCAAUUUGUUGAAUGUUAGAAAAUUUGUUUGUAGUUGAAUUCUGAAAGACUGUAUCAAAGUUCAGGAAAAGAAAAAGAAAGUUAUUGUCUUGAGUUCACGUCCUUAGGCCCUUUCACCUUAUAGUUGUUGUAGAUAAUUUUUUGUCUCAGUUAAUUGUUGUUUUCUCAAUCUAAACCUAUUGCUUUUUUCCCAUCCUGAUUGCCGUUGCCUUCGUUGUUGCUUAAGCUCCCUAAUAUUAUUGGGCAACUACUUAACCAGGGUCACAUAGACAAAGUUGAGCAAUAAUUAUUGGAUCACAGGAAAACAACAAUACAUUCCAAGAAAGUUGGUUAGGGACCAAUCAGGAGGUCGAAAGAAAAACAAUAAGUUAUUCAAAGCAUCAAAUUUAAAUAUUGAUAGUAAACAUUUUUCAAGAAAACAAAAUGUUUCACCAGACAAUGUUUUUCUAUUCGAAACUUUUCAUAUAACACCCCGGAGACAUAUUUGUUUGAGACAUGCUGUUAUUUUGUCAUCUAUCAGCAAUUUCUUAAGCGCAAUUUCAAGUGCUUGGCAAUAAGAUCACGACCUCAAGUAAAAAUUAUUACUAACGUUUACAUUUUUUGGACCACCGUCAUACAGACCUCUCAGGAAACACACACAUUUUUCCAGCGGGUUCAAAAGAUCAUGUCUGUAGGUUGUAUUUGGCUGAUUUCGAUCCAUGUUGUUUAAUUGUAGUAAUUAAUUAUUAUGAUUGACAACUAACGUUCUCGGAAUGUAUUGUUAUUUUCCUGUAAUCCGAUCGGUCAACUUUGUCUAGGUGGCCCCAGUGAUACAUGUAGCAAUUGCACUGUAAUAUUCUAUGUAUUUUUCUUACUUUAAAUUAAUGGUUUUUGAGGUACACAUAAACUAGAUUAUGAGACAAAACAUAAAAGAUAGUAAAAAUAGAGUGAAUGUGGCCCUCGGAUACAGUAUAUUUUCCAAUCAUAAAAAAAGUCUCCAGGUUUGAAAGUUGCUAGCAACCAUUAUAUUUGCAGGGGACUAAACUCAAUUAAAGUCGACAGGGAUAUAAAUGAGCAGCCAUCGCUGUCCUUGUUGCUUAAGCUCCCUAAUGAUUCUUCUUAAGGCCUUUGCAAUUGCAAUGUUUUGAUGUUUUGGGUUUUAUUGUUUUGUCUUCUAGUGAACAGAUCAACAAGGAAAAGGAAAAUACCAACAAGGUAAGCAACAACAGGACCUAUACUUUGGUAUGUAAUAAAAAUUGUGUUAUCCUCAACCUGCACCUACACUAAAAAAAUUGAGCCUCCGUAUGGAUACCUGCAGACAAUGAUUUUGUUGUGUAUUUUCCAGUUGUGGGCAGAAAUUAAACUUCAUUUUCCAUUACUUGUUUUAAGUGAUGAUGAAGAUGAAGAACUGAUAAAGAAAGCUAGGAAAAGAAAGAAGAAAUCUAAUGAAGCAGAAGAAAAUCCAGAAAGACUAGCUAGGACUGUGUUUGUUGGAAAUCUACCCAUAGAAUUCACAAGAAAAGUAAGUGACCCCAGUAAUAAUACUAUAUGCAUUAUGCACUCCUUGUAUCUUAAUCCAUCUUCAGAUCCAGCUUCUUAACCCAUUUGCCUGUAAUUGCCCCUGUAGAUCCACGUCUGUGGCAUGGUCUAGGACAACAAUGUCAACCAACUUGUGCAGGGGAAGAAAUCUUUCAAAUGAUGCCAGAAUGAGCAUGAUUCAGUCAAGGAGGCCAGAGAAAAAGGCCAAAAAAACAUGUAUAGUUGACGUGAAAAUUCCCAUGAAAAUCUUGUUCCACUGCCCACCUUCUUUUUCAGGCAUCUAGUCCUUAAAGUUUUUCCAAAAAAUUUUCCCACCAAAAUGAAGCCUAGUAAAUGCUCAGCAAAAGAGAAAAACAGGUCAAGAAUCUGAUAGAAGAGAACGGGGAGGAGGAGGGAAAACGAAAGGGAAAAGUUGAAACCGCGGUGUCACUUAAAUCCCAAAAAACUAUCUCGAUUGUGCUUUCUGCACAUGCCCGAACUUCAGAAGGUGAUAUUUUGCAUCAUCAGAAACAAAAGGCCACAAAGUGCAUUACCUGCAAACAUCCAAUUGGUAAUUUUUGCUCUUAACUAGCUUCAAAAUGCAUUUUCGGGCAAAAUUCCCAGGAAUGAAUGUAUUAUUAUUGUACUAUUUUUAUUUAAUUUUUGACCAUGGAGUUGUUAGUUUUUAUGAAAAUUGUAUUUUCAACUGACAAGAUUUUAAGGGCAAUAAUUUUUUGUGGAAAGUUUUUUCUUGUUAGUUGUGAAUAAAACUUUACAAGCCCCCAAAUUUAUUACUGUUUAAUCAUUUAUUCUUGCUUUUUUAGAAACUGAAAAAGUUGUUUGCUGUUUAUGGCGAAGUGGAGAGUGUGCGAUUUCGAUCAGCAGUAGGUACCUUUAAUUGGAUAAACUGUUGUACCUCCUGUUCAAAUUUUUUCUAUUCAAAUCAAUGUAACUAGGUGGAACAUGAUCGCCUGGUUGAGUGUGGUCCUGAAAUAGACCAGUUCAGAUGGCUGACCCUUAAUAUUAUUAUUUUAGACUGACUGAAUUGAUUCAGAUACUGAUCUUAACUCCAGUGGAACUAAAUUCAUAGGGAGAAAAAUGCUCAUUUCAGUCAAACUUCUUAAAAAAUGCAUUAUAAUAAUUUUAUGCAUUAGGUUUGGUACAUGGAAAGAAGUUCAGCUUCUGAAACAAAGUCAUUCCAAAGUCCAUUGAAAUUCUCGGCCGGGCUAGGCGGGAAGAAUAGCUGAGCCAUUCCAAAUUGAAAUAGGUAUUCCUAUUUGAUUCAGAUGCCGACCGUUUCAUGUACUUAAUUCCGGUCCAUGCACUGUAUUAGGUUCGGCUCAUGAAAAGUUUGGCAACUGAACUGGCAUGGGCCUUACAUUACAGUGACUGACCUUUCGACAACCUUGUUUUGACAACCUGUGCUUUGACUCUGAAGAUGACUAAUGCACAGGUUGCCGAAACAUCAAUCAAUUCAACAACAGUCCUAUUUAGGACAAGGCUAUGAACCCGGAUGAUCAAAUUCCACCUACUCACAUGUAUGAAAUGACUCCAGGGUUCAAACCAUUCACUUCAAGAGAACAUUAUUAAUAUUUUGUGGUUGUUUAAACCAUCAUAACUUUAGGAGUGUUUAAGGUUAGCAGUCAUGGAAAUUACCCUUAGUCAUGUUAUGAUUAUAAUAAAAAUGAAUUAAUUUUAUGGCAACUUGAUCUAGUUCUUGAUAAAAUCCAUCUUCAGGUUACAACAGAUUUUCCUUUUCCCAGGAAACAAAAUCCUGCAUAAUGAAUACAGUUAUAAGCUGAGAUGAGUAUUUUUGGAGAAAAACAUCCACAUUUAUGGGAAAAUCUUUUGGAAAGAAUUAUUAUCAAAGCUUUUUAGGUUGCAUUGUAUUAAGCAAUAGAGUCUUGAAAAGGGUUUUAUUAAAUUUUUGACUGUCCUCCUCGAUCACUCUUACAUGUAACUAAUCCCUAAGUUAAAGAAUUAUUUAAGAGUCGCGAGCUUUAGAGAAAUUUAAAUAAUAUGUUCAAAAUUCAAUUGAAUUAUAAUGCAUAGCAAAUUAAACAUUUAAAGAGAAGCACCUAAGAAUUCAAGCUUGAAUACAUGAAUAAUUUAUCAUAAACCAAACUGUCCUGUAAACAUUUUAAAUGAUACUCAUUAUUUUUUGCAAUAUUUAACUACUAAGUUUGAGUUAUUGAAGUUACUUAAUCAGCCAAAAACUUCAAGCUAAAUUCUAAGUCAUUUCUCUUUUUUUUACAUUACCUUUUAAGUUUAUAUUUAAUUUUCUUAUAUCAUUAGAUGUUUUUGUUAUUGGUAUUAUGUGACUUUUGAAACAUAAUCGUCAUUAUUUUGUCUGUCAAUGUUUUACGUAAUUAUUCAGUUUACUGAUGGAAAAAUAAGCAGUAAAAUCCAGGGACUAAAGCAAAAAGAUGUGCAAGUUAUAAAGUAAUAUUUUCUCCUUGAACUUGUGAGCCAGCUUCUUUCAUAGUGUAAAUUAAUUAAUAUUUUUUUAGUUCUAAAUUAGAUGAGAGAUCCAGUAUUCUAAAACUAAAAUUUUCAAUUCAAAUAAUGUUUUUUUAUAGCAAUAUAAAUUAUUGAUACAAUUUGGUUUUAUGUGACAGCUAUUUACAUUUAUCAUAAGUUUGUUUUUGUAUACUUUAGUGGUAGUUUUCUCUCACCAAGAAAUUUGAAAAGCCCUAACUUAAGGAGGGUUUUUCAUUCUUUUGCUUGCUAUGGACAACCCUGACUCUGAGAAGAAUACAAACUGCUGUUAGAAAAUCCUUCGAAAUUGCAUCAAGGAAAAAAUUAGACACUUUGGAUUUAAUAAGGAAACAGAUUCAGCAGAUUCCCAGUGGAUUGGACAAGUUUGAUCUUAGCAAUCUAAAGUUUCUUUACUUAGAAGGAAACAUAAUUUCCUUUUUACCAGAAGACUUUUUCCCUUGUCUUGCAAGUUUGGAAUGGCUUGAUCUAAGGAACAAUAUACUUUGUGAAAUUCCACGAAAUAUUGGACAGCACAAGAAAUUGAAAACGCUGUUGCUAGGGAGAAACCAACUUAAGUUUUUACCAGCCGAAUUAGGGUUAGUGAAAACACUGACUGGACUGAACUUAUCUGAUAAUCCUCUUGAGGAACCACCGCAAACAAUAUUAAUGAAAGGCAUUUCUGCUGUUCAAGUGUAUCUACUUGAAAGGCUUGGGAUUUAUCCAGAAGAGGAAGAGGCUAGUGACAGUGAAUCAGACCAACAGAGCACUAUUGAGAGUGGAAAUCAUUUACAAGCUGGUUGUGAAGACGUUGACAAUGAGAGUAUGAGCAGCAUUGUGAAUGAAAAGGAAGAAAUUCCCCACAGAAAUUUAGCUGAAAAUCAUCCUAUGAUGCAGUCUGUUUCACCACAAGCUGCCUUGGCUUAUUAUGGGGCACUGCUUGGCGAAGUUCCGCAUUCUUACAUCUUUAAGCCAUGGAAAACUGGAGUCUUUUUAAGGAGAGAGCAAAUGACAGAUGAUCUCAAUUCAGCACAUGAUGUGGAUGAAGAUAAUAGCAAAUAUUAAUUGUAGCAAAUGACUUUGACCUUUUUUUUAUUUUUUUCCUACAAUUUGCAUGCGAGCAUUUGUGAAAACUGGUGUCUUUUCCAGAUGGAGUUGGCUUAAGGCCAUACCAUUAUUUAUCUGCACUGUAACACAAGUGAAAUCUGUGAUAUGAGAGAUGCAUAACUCUUUGUAUCAUAGCCAUCAUCAUCAUCAUCUUAAAUAUUUAGUGCAAUUGUAAAAUUUGGUAGAAAUACGGCAAAACAAUAAAAUAUGAUUAAUGAUAUGAUCUUAACUUUAUACUUUGUACAGCUAGUUGAAAUACUGUUGUCUCAGAGAUUGGGAAAGCAAAAUAGACAAAUGGGCCUAUGGCCAGUGACUUUGAAAAGUUGUGUGGGCCAUUUCAUUAAAGUAUGGGUGGGCCGGAUGAAAAGGAAACGGAAAUGAUCUGUGAUCUCAGUGAAAGCAUACACGUUUACAUGCAGUAUUUUUAAUAUGAUUUAAGUACAGAGUAUUUUUGCAGUUUUUAAGUACUGCAUGCAUGUUUGUGAUCCAUCAGUUCCUUGUGUCUUGUCAUGUGCAAAUGUUUUGCAACCAGAGGUCAUGGUAUUUUUUUUUUGCAAUGUUUGAGGCAAAACUCUUUUACUUGCAGGCUGGGAAAGUGUGGUGGGCUUGCUUUUUUCGCCCGUCGGAUUCAUAAGUCGCAUCGGAAUUGUUGUUGUUGUUGUUGUCAUUUUUGUGAUCGAUCUUGGUGGACUCGCUGUUCGAAUUCAUGCUUAAAAAAAACAUGAAAGUUUUCUUUGGCCUUGAGUAUCUAGGAAGUUUCUUUGGAGGCAUUAAUUAUCUCAAUACUUAAAAUGCAAAUGAAUGCAUUUUGGCCAGAAAGAUGAAAACGGAAGUGAAAGUCUGAUCUCAAAGCACUUUGUCUGGACCGAACCUUGUUUGCAGGCUAUGUGCAAGUAGAGAUCUGGGGACAAAAAUAAAUGAACACGAAAGAUCGCCAAACAAAGGAGUAAAGACACCGGUCGAUGUUUCAUGUUUUUAUUUGUUGUAACACAAUAAUAAUGGUCAGAUUGAAGUGUUUAUUAACUAUUACUCGAUUAGGGCGCAUGCUGGGCUCAGACAUUUUCUAAAUUUAUGUGACAUAUGCGCCUGGUGCAUGACCUUUCCUAAUAGUUGAAAAUUUACACUCAGAUAAAUUUAUUAAAUACACUGAUGAGUUCUUUUGAUAAAUUAACAUUUCCAGUAUGCAAUGUUUUUCAGUUGGUAACAAACUAAGAUGUACUUAUCAAUGGUAUUUCCCCUUACUCAGUAAUAAUUAGUUACACAUUUUUCUAUUUAAAAUUGUCUCCAAACUAUACUAAAAACUUGUAAUCAAUUUGAAAUUGUAAUAUAAAUUAUUUAUUUUCAUAUCUAAAUCCUGAAGGGUCACAUUUUGAUUCACUUGUGAAAAUCUUAUUUGUUUGAACUUGUUAUGAUUUUUCUUUGUUCACAGGCAUUAGCAAAACCUGAUCUGUCAAGAAAAGUGGCCAUGAAAAAGUAAUAAUAUAGCUUUUUUACCAACUUGCGCAGUAGCUAAUUAAAGGAAGGAAAAUCUGAUGGGCUUGCAAUUGACUGACUGGGUGUGUGACUUUAGCUAGCUGAUUGACUAACUGAUCAAACGACAAACUACUAGACUCAGUUAGACUCUUACUGACUGAAAGAUUCCUUUACUCGCUGACUAAACUGGCUGGCUGGUUGAUCUGGAUGGUUGACUGGCUGGCCGUUGCUGACCAACUGGCAUGGCAGGCUAGCUGACUGGUUGAGUAGUGAUCUGAAUAGCUGACUGGCUGGCUGGCUGACUAGCUGACCAAUUGGCUGGCUAACUGACUGACUGAUUGACUGACUGACUGACUUGCUGGUUGGCUGGCUGGCUGGUUGACUGGUUGGCUGGCCAACAGGCUGACUGGCUGGGUGACUGACUGACUGACUUACUUACUGGUUGACUUAUUGAUAAAUGACUGGGUGAAUGACUGGCUGAGUGGCAACUGUCUGACUGCUAUGACUUCCUAACUAACCAACUCUGUGACUGACUGAUGGUUGGUAAAUUGAUGUAUUGACUGGUCUUUAUACUAACGGCUGUUUGGCUCACUUUGUUUUUUUAGGAGAGAGUUUCAUUCAGACAGGCACAAUAUCAGUGGCUAUGUUGUGUUCAAAGAAAGGGAAUGUGCUGUCAAAUCAUUGAAGAGGUACUUUCAUUUGUAGAAAUUCUUGAAAUGGAUCUUAAGGUUCUUUUGAAUAUCAAGCUACACAUAAUGCCUUUUCUUCUCUGGAGAAAAUGUUUUGUUUGUGUUUAUAAUAACUCUAGUGUACAAUGCACAAGGCCAAGAAAGUUCUGAAAAUGUUAACUCAAAAUGCACUUAUAAACUAAUAUUAAUGUGUAAGUGUAAUUUAUGACCUUUUACUUGCCAUUUGUUCCCAUUUUCAGCAAUGGAAUGGAAGUAGAUGGUUUGCACAUCAGAGUAGAUUUAACAGGUCAAAAUAAUAAGGUAAUUAAUAUUAUCCAUAACAUUUCUCCAUUCUCACUUGUUUUCCAUUUAUCCGUCAUCAAGAAAAUUGAUAACAGUCAAACCUGCACUUUUUCUGAGUCAAAAAUCUUGUUUAAGAAAAUUUAAGAGAAUUUAAGAAAACACCCCAGUGACUUUCGAAUGUUUCCAGUGAUUUUCUUCAGACUUAAAUACGAGCAUUACCAAAAAUGUCCGAAGAUUAUCAAGCAACUUUUGAGUAGUUCUGAAUCAAUAAUUAUGUCAAGGACGACGAUAUUUUUAUUUUAGUGUGUUGUGAUACAGUUAGGAAUAAAGUCAACAUUAAGCACCUUUUUGGAAUAUUUUUGGGGAAAUUGAAUUGAAUUUUUGUUAUUGAUCGUGCUUUGAAGAACAAUUUGUCCGGAUUUGUGUGUUAGGCAUGCAUGGUUAGCUCAGUUGGGAGAGUGCCAGUCUGCUGAGCGAAAGGUCAUGGGUUCAAACCCCAGCCGGACCAACACUCAGGGUCUUUAAAUAACUGAGAAGAAAGUACUGCUUUUGUAUGUAAUGACAUCUGCAAACAGAUAGACUUUCUUGUCUUCUCAGAUAAGGACAAAAAACCAUAUGUCCCAUCUCACUGCACUUUCACUUAUGUGGUUCUUCUGGGCUGUAAAAGAACCCACACCACUGUUCAAAAAUAGUAGGGGAGGUACAUAGACCCUUAUGGUGUGGCCAACCUUUCUUGGGCUGGGUGGGUUAUUGCAAGCUUUGCUGUGCUACAGUAUGGCAGAAGCAAGACUUUCCCGGGCAUAACUACAAUAAUGUUAUUUUGGUUAUUUUACUUGCCUGAACUUCAUUUGAAAUCUGAAACCAAUUUAUUCGUGCUAUAGAUGUGCUAGGGUCAUUCUACAUUCCAGUCUGCUUCUGAGCACAGCAGCAAUGUCCCUUAUGAUCAGCAAUGUCCUUUAUGAAAUCUCCAGUUUAAUGGCCACCAGUCCAGCUACACUUCUAGUACGGCAGCGGCCAGAAUUAUCAUUGUCCCAAAGAAGGAACAAACUGCAGUUUUCAUACCAGUCACAGGCAGUUUGAAACUUUAUAAACUAACUACUAAAGGAAUGCAUCAAUGUUUUUUUCUCUUCAGCAUGAUCAUAGAAGGUCAAUAUUUGUUGGAAAUUUACCAUUUGGUGAGUUAAUGAUUCUUCACAUAGACCGUAACUAUAGAGCUAAAUGUAACUAGAGCUAAAUUUAGAACUAAAUGUUUUGAAAUGUAUUUAGCAAAUUACUGCUCUGUUUGACUAUGUUCUCUGGUAUAUCAGAUUGUGGGUUUGUUUUUAAACAUGAUAACAUUAAAAGUUUGAUAUAUCAUGAAUAGGAACUCUUACUGACUUCUGCCUUUCUUUCCAGGAGACUUGUUAAAAGUUCAUGAUAAUGAUAUGUGUACUUUCUAACUGUUCAUUAAUGAUGUGAAUCAAUUUAGAUACAGAAGAAGAACCACUAAGACAAGUGUUUAAUGACUGUGGGGAGAUAGAAGCUGUUCGUAUUGUUAGAGACAGUAAAACUGGUCUUGGCAAAGGCUUUGGAUUCAUUCUUUUUGAGGUAUCUGUUUUAAAUGCUUGAGUACUAAUAAGUUUUUUAAUAAUUUACAUUGGCACUUGAAAGAAUGUGCACAAUGUACAAAUUUUGGAAUAUAUUUUCUGAUAAGAAUUGUAAUUUGUUUACCCGUGAAGCACUUAGAGUUCUUAUGAACUCGUUUAAACGUCUCUGUGCGUUCCAGAUUGAAUUGGAAUUUGGAAGUGUUAGUUUUGAGGAGAGGGGAUAACUGGAGUACCUGGAAAAAAACCUCUUAGAGCAAGGGAGAGAACCAACAACAAACUCAACCCACUUAUGGCUUUGACUCCAGGAUUUGAACCCGGACCACAUUGGUGGGAGGCUCCCUUGUUUACAUUAUGUUGAUCGGUAAGCUCAGGCAUCAGCAUGCAAUGGUGCCACUGGCUGCUGCUAUCAAUUCAGGGGGAGGUAAUUUAUUUGUUGUUGGAUUUGGCUUUCGUAUGACCUGAAGAAUUAUGCAUGUCUUGGAGGGUGUUAUGGGCCUUUGUCCCACAGCAGCCAUUUUGUUCCAAGAGACUAAAGUAGCUUUGUUUUACCUGUCUGGCCUCGCUCCCAAGUUUUUCACUGCGAGGUCGAGGGUGGUAAAACAAAACUUUUUUCAGUCUCUUGGGACAAUAUGGCUGCCGUGUGAAUAAGGCCCGUUGGCUGAGGUGGAUAUCACCCUUCGAGAUCUGCAUGAUUCUUGUGCUCAUGCAAAGCCUGAACCAAUAAUUAUUGAAUAAGAAAACCAUAAUUAUUAUUGUUUUAUUAUUCAUUCAAAAUAAUUCAUUCUUCUUCAUUUAUUAUUGUUUGUAAGAUAGUAUUCAGUUACUCAUGACAACCAAUUUUACAGGAGAAAGAUGCAGUAAUGUUUGCCUUAAAAAAGAACCAGACAGAGUUCCGUGGCCGAGCAUUGCGAAUCUAUCCAUCGACAGAAAAUCCACAGCAAGGUAGACUGAUUUAACACAAGAGGUGUAUUAUUUAGAUAAACUAGAAGUUCAUGAAGUUGAAGCUUAGUAUUGGUACUACAAAAUAAUGUACAUGUAAGCUAUUAAAUCAGUCCAGUGUUGCACAUUGGAUUGACUUAUGCAGUAGACAAGGAGUGUCUUGGUCAUUGCCCACUCCUUGUGGUUUUAUCAGGAAAACAGGUUUCUGAAAGGCCAGUGCAAGCUCUCUGAGCAGCCACAGUCAUCAUUAUUUAUUCACAGUUGUUAUGAAAACCCCACUUUGAGCUCCCUGGUUGGAACUACUCCUCUAUGAGAAAUUAAUCAACUCUUUUUAUCUCCUUCCUAUAGAUGUGUUUUCUUACAGAAGCUUGGGAUGCAAUGUUAUGAUACGCGUAUUUUUCUGUUUCUUUCUCACUUUAGGUCAUUCCAAAGAUGUCAAAGGUCGUUCCAAGACAUAUUCAUUCAGUGGGAUCACUGCCAAACGUGGACUUAAAAAAGAACGUAAAGGAAAGAAGAAACAAAAAUUUGUAAGAGGCUACAAAGGAAGCCAAAGUGCACAAAAUAGCUAUGGUGGUGGCAAAAAACCAAAGCAUAGAAAUGAGAAACUGAACAAUCCUAAGAACAGAAACAGAACAAGCAAAUUUUCAAAGGACAGUUCCAAACAGGGUAGAAACAAGAUGAAAGGGAGGCCUUCUUGAUGACUAGCCUGCAUCACAGGCAAAACUAAACUCUGUUAAGUCCACCUGGGAAACAGUGCCAAUAUCCUUCUUCUGGUCCCCAGCUCUGUACCAGGAUUUGAUUAUGUGCCAUGAUUGGCCUGUUCAAAAAGCCAUUGUCAAUUUGCCAAUCAUUGAAAUGCACUUCUGCUAGUUCGUUGAGUUUGUUGGGGGAGCCAGAAUAAGGCUCUUAGCACAGCUUCACAGACGUUACUAACUAAAGUUAAAUUACGUCUGUGACACUGCCUACCUAAUAACUGGUGGUGUUCUAACAGCGUUUGCUCGUUACUUGUCAGUACUGUCAGUGGAACCUUAAUUUAAUGAAGUGCCAAGUGGAAGUGGACUGGGGAAAUUUGUUCAUUAUCGAGGGUUGGUUGUAUCAAAAACCUUGAUUAAAUGAAUUUUUUGGAAAAUAUAUCCAAUACCCAGCAUUUCCGGAUCUGAAGGAUUUCUUUAAGAGACAUUUGUCUCAGUACAGAGCUGUACAAAGCUACAGCACUAGAAACACAAGAACAGGCAAACAAAACUGCUUAGAACUACUGUACACAUAAAUUUUAUCCUCGUUGGUCUAUUUUACAUUCACCUUUAGCUAUCUUUCGGUGACAUGUUGACAAAAGUCAUCUAUUUUUUAUGUCCAGGUGUAUUUACGUUGGUGAUUCUGGAGUAGAUUGUGUUUGUUGUAACGAGGAUUUCAUUAAAUCGAGGUUCUGUUCCAUAUAUUUUAUUGUAAUUUUGGCCAGGCUGAAGAAAAUGUUUAUUGUAGAGGUUAUUAUAGAGGUUCGUUAAAUCGAGGUUUCACCAUAGUGGAGUCAAACCUUUAAAAGAGUCACGCUCAAUAAAGGAACAAGGCAGUUAGACCCUUUCAUCCCCAAUAUUCACUUACAAGCAUUUCCAAGCAUUUCCCAUUGGCGAUUACUUUACUAAUUCUCAUAACCCUCUCUCUUGAUGAUUUAUUGAUUUUGUAAGGAGUAAGUUGAUGUUGGUCACUCCAGCGACUGUUUUAAGUGAUUUACUUGACAUUAUAUUGUCCGCUGGGACUCAGGUGUCUUGCCACUAAAUAAAGGUUCAACUGUAAUAAGUUUAUUUGCAUAGUUGCUAGUUGAUGUCUGUUAGUUUUUUUAUGAAUUGGGACCCAGAUGAGCUGCCUGUGUCACUUAGUCAAAAAUCAUCUUUCUCAUAAUAUAUUCACCACAUCUCUCUACCUUUGAACUAGCAUUCUGCCUCCUCCUUCUUCUUCUUCCAUUUGCAUUUUUAUUCAAAUUCAGGGCUGACCUCUAGCAACACCCAGUUGCCCUGG